AUGGAUUCCGAACAGCAAAAGUUAACGCGGAGUGCAUCCGUGCCCACUGGAUCAGUGGUUUUGCCCAUAGAGAAAGGCGUGACCGACAUCCCGCCGAUGGGUACCAUAACGCGCUCGCAGACAGUGCAGAUCACAAGUAUGGACAAGAUGCUCGGGAAAUCACCAGCUGCCAAGGGCGUCUUGCUUCGUACAGCCUCGGGCUACGAAGUCGCCUUGGUGGCACCGGAGCAUUUGCGAGAGCUGCAAUGUAGUGUUUGCCACGAUCUCAUCCAGGGUGCCGUGCAUGCACCAUGUGGCCACUCCUUUUGUCAGGCUCACUUGCAGGGUGAAGCCGGUUCCCACAACGAGCUUGAGAUCCAAGCGCAGCGCCUUCGAGAGCUCACGGACCGCGGCUUCUCUUUGGAGCGAGCACGUGAGGCCCUGGCUGCCGUAGGCGGUGGCUCCAUCGAGGAGGCGGCCGAGACCUGCUCUCGCCUGGCUGGCCUCGAAGGAAGGGCAGUUCGUGUGCGGAAGGAGGUGGAGCACCCGAAGUUUGAGUGGGGUGCUGUUUCGCAUGAGAGCAUAGGUGUAGUCGUAAAAGAAGAAGACACCCAAGCUUGGGUCAGCUUUGCAGAGCAAGCCAGUUGGCAUUGCCAAAAAGACGAACUUAUGAUUGAUCCUGUUGCAGACAUGAUUCGUCCCAAUGUGCGAGUCAGAGUCCGUGCUGGCUUGACUCCCAAACGUGGCUGGGGACUCCUACAAGUAGACGGCGUCGCCACUGUGGUAGCCAUCAGUGGCUGCCAAGUUCGUUUGAUGAUUAAAGAAGGUGUUUGGAGUGGCUUCAUCAAUGAGCUGGAGGUGGUCGAUGAAAGUGCAGAUCCAAUUGAAGAUGCCAUCUCUCGCAUUAAAAAUGGCAAGACAUCUGAAGAGCCGUUGGCACAGUUGCAUGCUAUUUUGAAGCAGCUAGCUGAAUGUGCAGACGCCUCCGAGUACCGCUUGUUGCUGAGAGCUAGAGACUUCUCAAGUUUCAUCAGCUCUUUUGGCGGCUUUGCAAUGCUACAUGCGGUGGGAUUGCACGUGCUGCGCUACAGCCCGGAUCGCUCGAUCUACAUUUUUGCGCCGACGCCUGGUGUGCAGGAUUCACCCCUUCGUGCACAGGUGGCGUUGGAGAAACUCAGUCAACAGUUGUCUUUGCCUGAACCGAAGGUUCCCGAACAGCAAACGAGGUAUCGUGUUGUUCUGCACAUGGACACCGAGUUUUUCAAAGCAGGGAUUCCGGUGGAUAUGGUGUAUCAAGACCAGCUGCGGUCGCUGAUCAUCCCAGCAAUUGCGCCUGCACGGGAGGGCUGGGCCUGGCCACAGCGAGGCUGGGCAGGCGAGGAUGCCAUGGUUACGCAGAUGCGUGCAACUUUGCCGAAAGGUUGCGCAGACCUUUGCCGUGAACAAGAUCUUGAACAAGCCACCAAGGUAGUUGAAAGGCUUAAAGCUUCCGGCCUCCAAGCUACAGUGGAGGAAGGCAUGGCGCAAGAUCCAAUGCGAGAAGCCAACCUGGAAAGACCCAGCAGCUGGGUGGGUGACUAUGCGAGGGGUAGUCGUGUGCGCUUCAAAGAAAACGCCAGGUCUGUGCUGCCCAAUUCCAUUGAUCUUGUCAGCAUAGGAGUUAUUAAUGAUCAAGUCUACCAAAUCCAAGAAGAUGGUUCUCGUGACUUGCAGUACUAUGUAUGUCUUCCAAAAGCUCUCGCAAUGCCAUCAGUGAGUGCUACCAUGCUUGAGCCAUCCCCUGCAGCAGAGCGAAUCCAGCCAGGAGUUCGGGUACGAGUAAAUCCGCCUGGUGGUCGAGAUCCUUUGUACAGCUGGGGCCGCAUCCAGAGCUACGAUGUAGGAGUGGUCCAGCGAGUUCAUUUGGAUGGCAAGGUGGAUGUGUUUUUCAUGUCUGAAGAGAAGAUCUGGAAUGCGGCACUGCAGGAUCUUGACACAGAAAACCUGCCGAUGACUUUGCGGCCAAACUGUCCCGUGUGUGACCGCCCUUUUCCUUCAGGACAGCAACUGAAUUUGGACAUUGCCAUGGAUGCGCAGAUCAGAAGGAUGAAAAAACUCAUGGCCGGCGCACGGCAUGAGCUGAACUGCGAUUCCAAGUCGGUAGUGCCACAAUUGCUUCGCUCCCAGACGCACAGGGAGGAGCUGAAGUGCAACAUUUGUUUUGACUUGGUGGUCUCCCCAGUGACAUUACCCUGUGGACACAGCUAUUGCAAGCAUCACAUCCAAGUGUGGCUUCUCGAGAAUGAUAGCUGUCCAAUUUGCCGGGUACGACUGUUGCACUACAAGGACCGUGCUCAGAAGUCGAGGCCUGCGAUCCGAACAGCGGUGCCACUUUUCCAGGCCUCGCUGCAGGACGAGGACGGCAAAGGAGCUCAGUCUGUCGAGGGCUUCGAGCUACACGUGAAUCGUAUGUUAGAGACGCAGGUGAUUCGAUUCUUUCAAGAUGAGGUUCAGGGCCGCAUUAGUGAAGUGGCAACGGAAGUGUGGGACGUCGUUGAGCGCCGUCAAGAGGGUGGCCUGCGACGCCUGCGAAACUUCUUGGACCAAUUCCGCGCGGCAGGUGCUGUUGAAUUGCUGAAGGUGCCGAAGUUUGAUGGCCCUGAUACGCCACUUCCGAACACGAAAAGUGGGACAUUGUUAAUGAUGGCCAGCGAGCUUGGCUUGGAGGAUGUAGUGGAGGAGUUGCUGGCAAAGGGUGCUGACCCCUUGAAGACCACCUCUGCUGGCUUUGGCCCUGGCACAAGUGCUCUACAGCUGGCAGCUGGGCAAGGACAUGUUCCAGUCGUCAGGCGUCUGCUGAGUACGGCAGGGUGGCAAGAUUCACACGGCUCUGCCCUUUGUGCUGAUGCACUAGGAGCUGCAAUUGAAAGACACCACCUGCCCUGUGUUGAAGCAAUCUUGGAGAUUCCAGACAUUGCGAAUGAGCGUAACUGCAUGGACUUCACAGGCGUUGUCACAGCAGUCCAGGCAGGCGACAUGGAGAUCAUCGAGAUGCUUGUAGCCCACAAGGCGAACCUCGAGGUUCGGACGGCGCACUCUGGGCUCUUGGUCUCCAAGGCUGGCUGUGAGAAGGUGAAUGGGCCAUAUCAGCAGGUUGGUGAGUUUCGCGGUCGCCCACUCUAUCAGAAUCUCUUCGGUGCAGUCAUGUACUGCAAAGGUUGGUGGAAGAUUGGCCUCUCUCGGGAAACCAUGGGGGAAUCUGAUGAGCAGACGGAUCAGGAACGCUUCCUCUACUCAAUGCCAGCCCCACAUGAAGAGACAGCGGAACCUCCGGUGGGACAAUGGACCAUUGAUCAUGCUCGCCAUGAGGCAGAUGGCAUGGCGCAGAUGCCUCCACCCAAGGUGGAGUGGAUCGCCAGGGCUGGCCAGGCUGCAACGCCUCUGUUGCUGGCAGCGCAGCUGGGUCUGGGAGGUGUGGUGGAAAAACUGCUACAGCUCAAAGCAGACCUUGGUGCACGGCUGCCCUCUACAGGGCAAACGGCGUUGCAUUUGGCAGCUGCUUUAGGAGAUCUGGGCGUUCUUCGGGUGCUCAAGGAGGUUGGUGCUGAAGUGCAUGCCACAGACAUGGCUGGCUAUACAGCUUUGCACUUGGCGUGUCAUGCAGGGCACGUGAAAGUGGUACAGGAGCUGCUGGAAGCCGGUGCCCUUGUGGACACAGACAGUGCCAACUCGCCCUUGGAACUAGCGGCUGGUUGCGGUACUCACACCGUAGAGGGAAAAACAGGCCCUCCCGGCAGUGCUGCCGCGUAUAGCGACAUAGUAAGUUUGCUGUUGGACGCAAAGUGCGCCUUGACACCUGCUGCCAUGGAUGCAGCUGCUGGCUCCGGAGCCUCUGCUGUGGUGAAUCAGCUGGCGCAACAUGGGGCGGAUCUGAAUGCCGUUGGAUCAAGCGGCAAUCCGCCACUGCUAGUGUCCUUACAGAAGUGCUUCACACCGCGCACAAAAGACAACCUCUUGGGUCCCCAGGCAGAAACGGCUCGCAUGUUGCUGAAAUUGGGUGCCUCACCAAAUGUUGUGAGAAGUGACGGUGUGAGUGCACUGAUGCUGGCUGCUGCAAUAGAUGAUGCAGAGUUGAUAGAGCUGCUGGUGGCCGCCGGUGCUGAGGUCGGUCUUGCGCGAGGGCCACAGUCAUCUACCUGCUUUGUGGGGAGUCAGAAUCAGGAGUGGAAGGUCAUCGAUCAAAUGCUGAUGACGGUUGAGGGUGCAUCUUUACCCCUUCCACCGGGUGUGCUUUGCCCCAGAUUGCAUCCUAUGGAAAGGCUUUGCAAAGAACGCUGUCACCGAAGACCGCAUUGUGAUCUUUGUAGGAAGCAGGAUUUGCAGAAUCAGCCGAUCUACUGGACUUGUUUGCCAUGUGAUCACGACCUCUGUAUCGACUGCGCAAGACCUCCUCCAGUGGUAGAACUUGGGCAAGGCAGUGAUCCGGAGGGCCUUGCAGAGAAUCUCAGCCAAGCUCUGAGGAGUUCCGCGUUCAUGAGCACUUUGAUGGAUGGGUGGCGUCCCCUGCACCAUGCGGUGGUUUCUGGCAGCACAAAGUCUGCAAAAGCACUGCUCAGGGCAAAUGCAAAUCCAAGCGAUCAAGAUUUCCAUGGACUCACCCCUCUACAUUGGGCUGCAUUCCUAGCCAACGGCUGCGUGGCGGAGCUCCUCGACGCUGCUGCUGAUGUUGGAGCACGUGACAACCAGGGUCGACUUGCCUUGGACUUGCUGCCAAUCGAAUCCUUGCGUUAUGCUUUUGAGUCCAUGAAGUUGGACUUCAAAGAACUUUGUUGUCAUGAAUUGCGCGUAGCUGGCUCAGGACCUGCUGAUGGUGUCUACGUGGCGGUCAGACAGGAUCAGAUGCUGCUUCCACAACCGCUUGCCGCACUUCCAACGCUUGCACGAACAAUGACACCCAUGCCCCCGAGUGUGCCGAGUGCCCCGAGUGCCCCAAGUGGCCCCAGCGCCCCCAGUGCCCCCACUGCUAGCGCUCCCGGUGCCACCAGUGCCAGCGCAGAGGCUGGCGCUGAGGCUAGCGCUGAGGCUAGCGCUGAAGCUAGCGCUGAGGCUGGCACUGAGGCUGGCGCUGAAGGCCCUGUGGAUCCUCCGCCUGCACCACCAGAGCCUCAG